CAUCCCACCACCCACCAUGGCCGCCUCCACCCUGUCCAUCUGCUCUAGCGACCUGAGCUAUGGCAGCCAGGUCUGCCACCCUGGGUCCUGGGGCUCUUGCACCAGCCCCUCCUGGCAGGCGGACGACUGCCCCGAGAGCUGCUGUGAGGCCCCUUGCUACACCUCCAGCUGCUGUGAAUCCAGCUGCUGUGCCCCGGCCCCCUGUCUGACCCUCGUCUGCAACCCCGUGAGCUGCGGGUGCAGCCCCUGCCAAUCAGCCUGCACCAGCUCGUGCACACCCUCCUGCUGCCAGCUGUCUAGCUGCCAGCCCUCUUGCUGUACCUCCUCCCCAUGCCAGCAGGCCUGCUGUGUGCUCAUGUGCUGUAAACCUGUGUGCUGUAAGCCCCUCUGCUAUGAGUCUUCCAUUUGCCCAGCCUCCUCCUGCUGCCAGUCUACCUGCCAGCCCCCCUGCUGCACCUCCUCCCCUUGCCAGCAGGACUGCUGUGUGCCCGUGUGCUGGGAGCCCAUGUGCUGUGUGCCCAUCUGCUCUGGGGCUGCCCCCUGCCCAGCACCCCAGUGCUGCCAGCCCACCCCCUGCCCCCCAUCCUGCUGCAGACUCUCCUCCUGCGUGUCCCUCAUCUGCCACCUCGUGUGCAGGCCCACCUGCUGCGAGCCCGCCUCCCCCUGCUGUGCCCCCGCCUCCCCCUGCCAGCCCAGCUGCUCCCGCCCGGCCUCCUGCGUGUCCCUGCUCUGCCGCCCCGUGUGCGCCCGCCCUGCCUGCUGCUGAUCCACUCGUUACCCUCAGGCCAGCCAGGCUCAGUCCCUCAGCAGGAGGGGUGAGCGCAGAGACACUGGCACUUAGCCUCCCCUAGGAGUUUAAACCCACAGAAAGAACACCUGUGGGGUGUCUUCUCUGUGUCCCAGGAAGCUGACAGCUACUUCCACGGCCAUCCCAGAACCCAAGCACAGGCCACCAUCCUCACGGGCAACCCGAUCCCCCCACCCCCAUCCCUCCUGCUGUCCCACCCCUUGUCUGUCCCGAGGGAGCACCUGGCCGCCUGCCUGAUAAGCUGGCUCUCUGCACCCUACAUGCUGCUUUAUGUCUUCUCCCCAGCUCUAAGUGGGGUGCGGCAGGGGCUGGGGGGAGGGUGCACCCCCAGGAUGCCAGGACUCUGGAAGGUAACAUCCCAUGACUUCUUGUGGGGAUAGAGAAGCAGGAAGAUCCUGGAGUCCAGGGCCUGACAGGACACUGAGUGGCCACCUGUGCUGCUGGCUGAGGUCCCCAGCCAAGGCCCUGUGCUCUCCUGCCGAUGUCCCCACACGAGCUGGGAGGUGGCACUGCAGCCACAGUCAAUCACGAAGACGGUGGGAGGCCUGGCACUGCGGAAGCCCAUCCCCACAUCCCGCCUUCUCCUCCUGGCCCCUGUGGCCCUCCUUGCCAGUGUGGGGGUCCCGCGUCCUCAGCAGGUCUUUGCCGCAUCACAGGCCCCCUGUCCUGGAGGACACCUCUCUGCUCUCCUGCAGGCUCCUCUGCUCUGGCGCCGCACAUAGCCCCUGUCUGAGCCUGGCUCUGGGCUGGGCAGUGGCCUGAGGUGCUGCCCACCCAGCCUGCUCCCUUCCCACUCUGUAAUCAGAGGGUUGGGUCAGCUUUCACUGCCUUAACUUUCUCUCUCCUGCCCCUGGGCUCUUCUUUACCUACCUCAGGCAUUUCUACAAUAAACCACU